AAUAGAAUUUCGAGCAAAAUAUAGGAUGUAAUAAGAAUUUUUGCAAUUUUAGUUAGAUAAAUUGAAAAAUAGUUUAAAAAUUAAAAAUAAACUUAUAAAACAAAUACAAUUUUAUUAAAACUAUAAACAAACAAUCAAAAAUCAAUAAGAACCUUUCUAAUUAACGUCCAUGUGAUGAAAUUAUAAAAGAAAACAACAAUAAUCCCUCAAGUAACUUAUGGGAGUAACCAUGACAACAUUGUGCGUUGGUGGGUGUCAUAAACAAAUAGAAUUUUCUACUUAAUUAACGCGAUUGAAAAAAGGAAAAACUUACGAAACAAAGAAAAGCUGAAUCUCUUAGAAAAAUGUUAUUUUUAGAUAAAUUUUUACCUUUAAUAUUUGUCUAUAUACGACCAUUUAUCAAAUGGUUCCUGCACACUUUCACCCGCCUAUGUGAACUGCAGCGCAUUUGUUAUGGAGCUCAGGCUGGCGCCAGCCGCACCAAACAAGUGGAAAGAUCUUUGUCGCUCUCCAAACAAAUGGAAAUUAAACAAUUGUUAAGGGAGCUGGAUGAGGCGGCGGAACAUUGUAAUGAAGAGGAAUUAAGACGUUUUCCGCCGCAAGCUAUUGCUGUAGUGCAGAGAGUGAAACAUAUUAAAUCACGUAUACAUCCAGAUUUUAGUGCCUUAUUUGGAGCUUGUGUUUUACAAAUAUGGAGUUACAAACAUUUAAUGCAUGAGGUGGAGCGUUUGAGAUCCGAAGCCUACGAUUCGGAUAAUUUGGAUCAUGAGCACAAGUUGUUGGAAUUGUGGAAAUAUCUUAUGCCGAAAGAACCUUUGGAUGGUAGAAUCUCCAAGCAAUGGCAGGAAAUAGGUUUUCAGGGCGAUGACCCAAAAACCGAUUUUCGCGGCAUGGGCAUGUUGGGCUUGGAAAAUCUACUCUAUUUUGCCCGUGAAUAUCAAGAAGCUGCCCAGCAUGUGCUGCUACACUCCAUGCAUCCAACUUUAGGUUAUACCUUUGCCAUUGUUGGUAUUAAUUUAACUGCCAUGGCCUAUCGUCUGCUGAAAUCGGGCGAAGCUAAAACACAUUUUUACAAUGUCUCACAGGCCACAAAACAACCUUGUUCUCUAACGCAAUUUCACAAAUUCUAUUGUUAUUUAUUAUUUGAAUUUGAUCGUUUCUGGUUGGAAUCUGAACCGACGAAUAUUAUGGAUUUUCGUGAAAUUUAUCAAAGUUUUGAAAUAACCAUCAUGGAGGCUUUACAACGUGAUAACACUGUGUUUAAAACUAAUUUGGUAGUGGAGGAGAUUUAGUUGUAAAAUUUCGAAAUUGUUUAAAAUCUAAAGUAAUUAGUAAAUUAUAUAGUAAAGUGAUUUAUUAUUUCUUUUUGCUAUUUUAAAUGAGAGUCUGUUUUCGGGGAAAAAAAUAUGGAAGCUUUAUGUGUGUAAAAAUUGAAUUAUUGUAAAAAUUUUUGAAAUAAAUUGCAUUUGUAAGUGAA